CACCUGCUUCUCCACCUUUUGUCCAGAUGUUCACACAGCUCGUUUUCACGUGCACCGCACUGGACUGAGAAGUUCUCCAACUUUUCUGUGGAUUUAUUGCGCCAUCCUGGUUUGUUAGUACCUGGUUUUGCCUUCCUGUGCGUUCUGUGGACUUUUGCUUUACCUGCUCCGUUUGUCUCGUACCUGUUCGUUUGGAUUACCCGCUCUCCGGCCACAGCCUGCUUCCUGACUACGCCUCCUGUUCGUCCCUGGCCGGAGUUUCGUUUGUCUGCACCACCAGAGCACCACUGCUAAACCAGCCCUAUGGUUUUUGACGUGAGCACGACUGAGAUUUUGGCGUCUGACUAAGAGGGGAACUGACUGAGGACGAGAGACAAAGGCAGCAGGAGACACUGCGUCCUCUCGGGGCGGAUGCAGGAUGAGGAAGAAGUGAUUAGAAGAAUCCCCUGGACCCUGUCAGAAACUCAGAAUCAGCACACUCAUACACUGAGACCAAGAAAGUUAAAAAGUAACCAAGAAGCCCUGUGUGCUCGUCUCUGGCCUGACUACAGGACCAACAAAGGAGUGAAAUAAAAGCCUGCUGGCAUUUUAAAACAUUCCCUGUCACUUCCCACAGAAUAAUGGUUGCAGGAAAUAUCUUCCCAUGAGGCCUUAUGAUAAUAGCCCAUAUGUGCCGGCUACAGUGAGGAUGACCCAAGAACAGUGCACUCAUAGGAACAAUGUCCAGAGUUCAGAGAAACCCCAAGUGUACAAAGUGGGAAUAUACGGCUGGAGGAAACGCUGCCUUUACUUCUUCGUCCUGCUGCUGAUGAUCCUGAUCCUGAUCAACUUGGCACUAACUAUCUGGAUCCUUAAGGUCAUGAACUUCACCAUAGACGGCAUGGGCAACCUCAGAAUAACAGAGAAGGGUCUGAAACUGGAGGGGGACUCCGAGUUCCUCCAACCCCUCUAUGCCAAAGAAAUCCAGUCCAAACCAGGCCGCCCGCUGUUCCUGCAGUCGUCCAGAAACGUGUCGGUCAACAUCGUCAACAGCAACAACCAGCUGCUCACACAACUCGUAACAGGAUCCAGGGGAUUUAAAGCGCGAGGAAAGAUGUUUGAAGUCAAAUCCACCUCUGGGAAGCUCCUCUUCUCUGCUGACGAGAAGGAGGUGGUGGUGGGCGCAGAGAGGCUCAGAGUGAUGGGGGCCGAAGGAGCUGUGUUCAGCAAAUCAUUGGAAACGCCGCAUGUCAGGGCCGAGCCGUUUAAAGAGCUCCGGCUGGAGUCUCCUACUCGCUCCCUGCUGAUGGAGGCUCCUAAAGGCAUCCAGAUCCUGGCCGAGGCUGGAGACAUCCAGGCCAUCUGCAGGAACGAGCUGCGACUGGAGUCCAAAGACGGAGAGAUCUCUCUGGACGCUCGGCGGAUUCGCCUGAUGCGACUUCCGGAGGGAAAAGCCUCCACCAGCUCCUCGUCCUCCGGGACCAGGCAGACUGUCUACGAGGUUUGCGUUUGCCCCAACGGGAGGCUUUUUCUGUCCCAGGCUGGCGUCGGAUCCACCUGUCAGAUCAGUCACAAUGUCUGCCUCUAGGACUGAUACUACAAAUAUAACUAAACACAUAAAUACCCCAAAAGACAGAUGGACAGAUGUAAACAGCACUAGAACCGACUCACAGCAGACACAGACGUACAAGGACUGCCAGAGCUGAUGGAGAUAUAAACAAUCAUAGAUACUGUAUCUAUUUAGAUACACUGAUGUAUACACUUUACAUUCAUAAGCACUCAGACUGAUAUUUAGGCUCAGCCGAUAUGAUUUAAAAGACCAGUACUGAAAAUUUUGAACUGAAGCUGUCAACACCUGAUAUUUUGUGCCAAAAUUUUAAAGCUAGGUAUAUUUUUCCCUGAAUUUUAUAUGAGAAGAAAAGCCAGUGAAUACAGUAUGUAAAACUCUCCACUGAGUGUCAUACGCAUCUCUGUGUGCUCUUUAAACCGACACUACACAAAGACUAACUAAACUACAACAAACAGCAACUUUCUAGUACAACUUACACUACCAGUUAAAACCCGGGUCUAGUAGUGUAGAUCACAGUGGUCGCCUUUAUCUUUUCCUACAUUGAAUGGAUGCAGUAUUUAAUAAAAGGCCAGUACUGGUAAUAUAUCGGUCUGACCCUAACAGUCACUGGUGAUACUGCUAUUUAUUAAUAGCUCACACACAUACAGAUGCACGCACUAGCUUUCAGACAGGCAUACACACAGUAUAGGUGUUUCAACACAUGAACACGGUGUAUACACACACACACACACACACACACACUUUGCUCAUAGGAACCUCCUGGUAGAAACUCUCCAGAGAUUUGUUAGAAGAGACACUGAUCUGUUCCCUUUCUCUCUCAAGAGCAUUUCAGUACCAGAACCACUAGGGUGAUCACCUGCCCCUCCUCCCCUCCGCUCUCCAUCUCCUUUCCCCUCACCUGCUAUUCUUCCUCCUCCAGUGUUCACCACAGCUGAGAUCAUUAAAGGAUUCUUACUUUCCCUGUUGCUUAUAAGGCAUUUAAGGCCAAAUAUACACAAUACAAGCACCUAAUGAUUACUGUUCCUAUUACGAAGCGGAUCAGGAUACAAGAUGGAACAGUCCAGACGCAUACCGGAUCCUGGUGCGUAUGGGGUACAUACAUGCAGACUGCAUUAGGUGAUGUUAGUGUGUCUGUGUCACUUUUUCUUUUUUCACCAUUGGAACAAUUUCCAAGUAAACUUUUAAAUUAUUGGUUCCAAAGCUGAUUUGAGUUACAGCUGAAAGUUGUGUCAGAUUGUGACAUGAUGCCAUGUUUGUGUCAUAUUGCGUUUACCCAACCCUGAUCAUUCAAAUCCCUAGUGCUAGUGUCAGUUUGAUCACAGGGAUUUUAGUGAUUAGACAACAAAUUACCCCUUUGUAUUGAAUUUGUAUCUACUUGUAUUUGUAGAAGGUUAAGAUUUUCUUGCUCAGUUCCCCACCUUCUGCUAUCCCAUAAAGCCCCUGGACAGGGGCUAACUUUACCUCAAGUCGUCACAUGUUCAGUGGGUCUUCCUGAGAUGCGACAUGAAAUUGGCACCAGUGUCUCUGGUCUGUUAGAGCUCAAAGGUCUGAUGUACACACUUGUCUUUAAACUGAGUGGAUAGUUCAUUUAGUUUCCUGUAAUGAAUGUCAGUGUUCUGGUUUCCAUGCUCCUCGCUGACAAAACAGCAUCACCUUCCUUCGACCCUGCCAAUGAAGAAAAGAAUAAAAAAAAAAUAACAACCUUUUUCUCACGCAGAGAAAAAAGAACCGAUGCCAUAGAUGUAAGCAGCUCCAAGCUUGGAGGUGAUCACCCUACUUGUUUCUUGCACUGGGACAUUUUUUAAGAAGAACAAAUAAGACUAACUAAUGUGAGCCACUUUGUCGAAGGAGGGGAACGGUGCCUGUGCCUUAUGUCAAUGCACUUGUGGCAAGAAGAAGCACAUCACACUGACUUUCUUUGGCAUCAGCGAGUAACGUGAUCUCUGAUUUCAGUUCAAUUUCAUCCUGCUCACAACCCUUUCCUUGUGAACGAAUGCAAAGACCUUCAGCCGUGUCUGACUGUAGCUCCCUCUGCCGUCAGCACCUGACUCUGCAAAAGGAUGUGUCGCUUUUCUUUUCAUAUUUAGCAUUUUAGCUUCCUAAGUUUGGGUUGGCACACUGCUUAUUUUUUUCUUCAUGAACAAAUAUUCUGCGUGAAAACCUGUGUGUGGUGUUACUAUUGAAAUGCCAAACGUGUGGUCUCGUGGCGUAACAGGCAGGUAAUGGCACUGAUGGGUGUAACUGCCACCGCCUAUUGCAAACUGCUUCACCAAAACACAUCAAGUUUAUUUACUGUCACUUGUGGAAUCUAAAAAAAGCUUUUAUGGUUGCAGCGCCUGCAGUGUAACCUAUGUAGGCAUCUGUCAACAUUUUUAUGAUAGUAAGGCAAAAUUCAAAGUAUUUCCACAGAUUUAACUUGGCAUCUAGAAACACAAAGAUGUGCGUGAUGAACAUAUUUGAUCAAGUGGCUUGAGAUGCUGCACACACUUAGUAGUGCACAGCGUUUGUUUAUAUCUUACAUUGUUCAAAGUGUCACAUCCUUUUAAAGAGGCAGGUGUGUCAGCCUCCUAACUGUCUCACAGCUUCUAUGUCGCUCUAUAUUAAAGGACUUUCAGAAAUAUUUCACAACAAAUUGAACUUAUCUGAUGUAUUUGUUUUUUGAAUACACAAGAGAAAUACAUCUUUUUAUACAAUUGUAAAAUAAUGUACACAUUACUGUGUUGGCACGCAUCAGACGCUGACAAAAGAGAAACCCUGGUCUUUUGCAAAAAGGAAAACCUUUUUAUAAUGUACAUCUCUAUGUGUUUUUAUACUAAAAUUGCAAAAUAUAUAUGUUAAAGGACCUGUAUUGAGUUAGCAUGUACAGCAAUGUAUACAGUGCUCACCUGUGGAGAACAAGCCAGUUUUGUUUUUCUGCCGUCUCCUUCCUGUACUCGUCUCUCCUGCUGAGCGCUGAUGUUUCACACAAACACGUUUUGUUGUUGUUCUGUUGGGCCCUAGGUCUUUGCAUUCUCUCCAAGUGUGCUGCUUGUAAGUUUGUGCUACUAUGAGCAGAGUUUUGUUUUGUUCUUCUGCUCCACAGAACGUGUUGAAUAACCCUCAGAGAAGCAAACACAGAAACCAGAAGUAAAGGGAAAGAAGCCAAGAAGGAAGUGAUGCACAGGGUCGAGGAGAAACGCAUCACAGUGAUCACAUGAAUACACAAACUGGAGCAAGAAUCCACUGUGUUGACUGAGAUGCAUUAUCAGUUAUAACAUGUCAGACAAAAUCUUUUCAGAAGGUAAAUGGUCACUUUGCUGAAGGAGUAAAGAACAUUUUUGUUGAUCCCAUAGUCACAAGUAACACUUAUUUAAAAUGCUUAAAGUUUAUUGUAGUUUAUUAAAAUGCCCAUGCAACAGAAUUAGUCAAAAUAAUGAGAAGGUGAUCUGAUGAAGACAGCGAUCUGGCAUGACUCAGUGGAUUGUGUUGCUAAUCGAUCAAUAAUAUUGACCAGAUCACAUUCUCCUGACCCUGUGUUCACUCUGAGCGCUCUGUACUUCCUUUUCUGGCUGCACACGAAGGUUAGCAUCCAUCCUAAAUAUUUAUAUUACUCCUCAUUCUUUAGUCUCAAACUGCCAUUCAUGGAGUAGUUUUCAAAGAUGCCAAAAUAAAAGGCGUUGUUCAAAUUGACUGCAGUAGUCAUCGGAUCCUCCCUUAUGAGAACAGCAACUAUAAACCCUGAAACCUCUUCACUCCAAGGCUGUUUCUGAACCCUUUGGUGUGUCCUCACCUUUCUCAUCCCAACUCGCCUUCUUUCUCUGCUGAAAAAUUAUUUACUAAGCUUUUAACAACUGCAUCUCAAUAUUUGUAUAAUGGGGGAAAACUGCUGUUGUUACGAUGGUUACCCUCACUGCUAGGUCCACAGUGCUAUCAAAUAAAUGGAAAGCUAGCCUCUGUUUUCUGUCAAGCAACUGUAGCUGUUCCCCGAGAUAAAACAAAACAUAAGCUAUGUGUCGACACAAGCUUCUUCUUAUUACCUUUUAUUGAGAUGUAUCGGAUGUAUUCCUGGUGAUGGGUUUCCUUUACAUUGAAUGAUUGCUCACCAUUUUGAUUUCUGUUGUCAGGUGAGAGAUGUCGUAGAAAGAAGCCGACUUUCAGCUGUCCAGUUACAGAUGCUCUGUAGCCUUAGGUUUUGGACAGAGAGACUCCAGAAGAUGUCUCAGGUUUUCACUCAAACAGAUGAAACAAAUUCCAUUGAGGAAAUGCACUGAGCUACCUACACUAGUGGAGAGGGAGCUAGACAGUGAUGACCUGGGGGCAGAAGAGUCACCAGGAACAACAGAGAACUGAAGGGUAAUGAUAAGUAGGGCGUGCUGAUAGAUGACCUGUGGGUUUGAAUAACGCUAAUUGUUUUGAUUACUGUGGAAGUAAAUCCCUGCCGAAAUCCACAUUUCGAAAACCACAAACCACAUGUGUAAGUCUGUCAGCACCAGAGGUUUCGAAAGCGUACAAAACAAGUUGCGAGUACUCUUCGGUUUACGAAUCAGAAUUUGUUUUGUACACUUUCAAAACUCUUCAGAAUCAGAAUUAGCUUUAAUGGCCAGGUGUGUUGGACACACAAGGAAUCUGACUCUGGUACAGUGGCUCUCAGUGUGCACGUACAUGCCCUUGUGUAAAGCAGCGAAUAGACAAGUAAACUAAGUAGGCUGCGAGAACAAAAAGGAAAGACAAAAAUGCAAACCAGAAAAAGGGAUGUGCAUUGAGAAAAAAACUAAAGUACUUAUAAAUAGAGAGGUAUAUACAUAUGGCGCUGACAGACUUCCACACAAACCCCUGGUGAGAAAAAUAUAAGCUAAAGAUCUAUAACGAAGUAGCUGCAAUGUGUAAAGACAGAAAAGGAAAAAAUGUAUUCAAAUGUGAUAGUUGCUGUUUAUUGGUGAUAUUUCAGUUUGGUUGUAUUGUAUUUUUAAUCACCUUCAUCCGUCUGCAAGUGCACCUGUUUUCUCCUAAUAGUUUCAUUUUAGAGAUAAAAGCCUGUGUUAGACAAGGCUAUGUUGAAAAUGAUGCACUUUUUUAUAUUUUCUGUUACUUCUGUACCUCCUGUGAUGUGACCUGAUCAUAUCACUGGUGGUCUACACUCGCACUAGAUCAUUCAACACAGAGAUUAGGCUCCAUCUAGAAGGAGUGUCAGAAGCCAGCAGGCCUCCACGUUUCCCCGUUUCACUGACGUCUCCCUCGUCUUCAUGAGGCUGUCAAUUGGAUGGCACAUGAGUAAUCAUGUGUGUGAAAUUGGUUUUCACAGGCUCUGGAUGCCUUUUUUGACCGUGGGCGUAAAAGCAGACCAUGUGCAAAUAAACACCGCUGAAGGAAAAUAGAAUCUUUGGUUUCAAAGAAAACUGACCUGGAGCUUUUGGUCAGGUGAUAAUGAGGCACUUUAUUCCAGAAAAAAUAGUCCAAACUGUUUGUUUGUGUUUUUAAGAAUCAUAAAUGCAGACAAUUAUUUAAGUGCAGGCCUUUUUUCCUUCUGCUGUUCUUAACAUUAUACAAGUCACUAUGGUCGUCAAGACACAGAACUGAGCCAUCUGUUCCAGUAAUGCUGCUGUUACUGGAAGUUCAGUGUUUGAUCCCUUCACACAGACACUUGAGCCUGUUGUGGGUGCUGCAGAGCAGCACUGCUCCCUCUCACUCAGUACAAACCUCUGGUUUCUUCAACAUAUUUUAAUUGUAUGGCUUUCUGCCGACUCACAUCCCGGGCCCUGGCAGAAUUCAGACGGGGUCGUGCCUCCUCUCUUGUCCUUCAUGUUAUCAGCCAAGUGAAGAACCGCUGCCACCCCAGAUUAAGCCACGCUCCUCGUUUUCUUUGGUUUAUGAUGGCGAGGCCAGGCUGCGGAGAGAGAGUGUUAGAGCUGUGUUUCUAACAGCUGGAAGCCUGAACAAUGGGCUUUGGCAGGUUGACUCAUUAGCCAGUGUUCACUGAGCGGAGACUAACCUUGAGCUACAGACACACUGCAAAACAUAUUCAUCUUCAGUUUUGUCCUUGGUCAGAUUUGCUGAUAUUUAAACACCACUGAUAUUAUCUGCAUCAGACUGGGACUGGCAAAAAACUGCAUUUCUAAAAACUCUUUCCUUGUAUUUGUUUAUCAUAACAGUCUCAUCAAUCACACAUUAAAUGUGUCAAAUUGACCCUUGUUUAUCAGGCCUGUGGCCAUUUCAACAAACUGAGGACAAUUCAUCUUUUUUCAUAAACGAUUUUGCCUGAUUUUGUGCCAUUUCUCCUUCUGCUGCUUCUGACUUUUUUUUUUCCGACUAUUGGCAUAGGAGGCACAUAAAGCUGAGAGUGAGUUACUGACUCAGCGUCUCUCUCAUGCCUCAGUUGAGAGGAACCAAGUCUGUGUAAUUCAAAGCAGCUGCACCUGAACUGUUAAUACAGAAAAUGUUGGAUUCUUGUUGAACUAUUCACACACACAUUUCCAACUCGUUUUAUCUGGGAUGAAACCUCUUAAAUAUGUCACCUGUGUUGUUUGAAGCUGGUUUGAAUAUCUAGGUUUUCUCUAACACCACUAAAAGCCACAUCUUCGUGAUAAACAGGAACCAGCUUCUUUUAUUUUUCUGGUUUUUAUAUGUGACCAACAAAUGAAGCCCCUUUUCCAGUGCCUGCUACCGACUCGACUCGACUCCCCUUAUUGUAUUUCCAUCCGUCAAAUGUUGGGGAUAGUACCUGGUACCUGGUACUGUUUUUGGUAUCACUGCCGUUGAGGUUCCAAGUGAGCAGAGGCGAUACCAAACUGUGAUGUUUAUACACUGCAGGCUAGCGACUGGUCAUAGAAAUCGUGUCAACGUGCGAGUUACUGCACUAAGUAAAAACAGACACAUACCGAGAAAGCUGACGCGGAGUCACUAUGACAACCAUCUACACUGAGAGGCGACCAUCUGCAGUGGAGAACCAAGCACCAGAUACCACAGCAAGCAGUCGAGUUGAGCCGGUACAAGGCAAUGGAAAAGGAGCUUUAGUCGAUGUUGGCCAAGCAGAGGAACUCAGGCACAUGUGGGUUCAGUCUGUUGCAGGGAAGCAGUUUUUAUCCUGAGGUCUGGUCACACUCUGAAACUCUCAUUUAAUUGAAAAAUAAUGCAAAUGAUCUGAAUUUCAGCUUUUGAACUGGCAGAUGGAAACGUUGUCACUGAAGUUUAUUUUACUCGCUGAAUUUGCUUUUACCUGUGUUGCUUGCUGAGGUGUAUCACAUGUAUUUACAACAUUUUGAUUUUUGUUUCAAUUGCAGUGAGUUUAAAACCUUUAAAGAAAUACAUCCUGUGUCUCUUUGAAUUGAGUGUGUUUGUGCUUUUUUUUUUUUUUUUUUUUGCCUUGUGUGUAGCGGGUCAGUGUUUGUUACCUGGUAGAUGGGUUUACCUGCACAGAAACAUGCAUCUUGAGCUGGAGGUUUUGUGGCAUUAUCACUGCUGCUAAAAAAAAUCCUAACAAAUAUAAUUUGCAUUCUUUGAUGUGGGCUCAUCUCUUUAUUUUAUUUAUGCAUGUCAAAGGGAACAGUAUGAUUUCAGUGGAUCUGUCACCUCUGAUGUCAUGUUUCACAGGAGGAGGUGUUUUUGUACUGGUCACCCAGUCGUCACCAGCCUCGGUUUGAUUACACAUCCUCUAACAGCUCUCUGGGCAGCUCCGCAGUCGGCUGCAGCAGCUCUCACCCUGCACGUCACCCAGAAUUUAAAAGUCUGGACACAUUCAGUGUUUAUUUGAGUUCAGCUUCAGUGAAUCUGAGAUUUGUGGGGCUGAGAAUUUUGUUUAGACUGAGCCUUUUUUCAGUCAGUACCGUGAAGUACACA